AUGUCUGACGUAGAAUCAUUCAUUCAAAGUGAUUUGUUUGAAGAGCCUGAAGAUUUUUACAAGCCACCACCGAAACCUCAUUUUGCGUGUUAUGAAAGAGAAGAGAUUUCUCCGGAGUCUAUGUCUCUGAAAAAAAAUGUGAAGCUGCGGUUGGUUGGCUCGUCGCCACUAUGGGGGCAUUUACUUUGGAAUGCGGGUAUAUACACCUCCAAACACCUUGAUAAACAUCCUGAGCUUGUCAAGGAUAAAUUCGUCUUGGAGCUGGGCGCUGCGGGAGCCCUUCCUUCCUUAAUUUCCGGCUUAAUUGGAGCACGCAAAUGUGUAGCCACUGAUUAUCCCGAUCCUGACCUGUUAGCGAACAUUCAAUAUAAUGUGAAUGAGCAGCUUUACGCUGGAAAGGAGCUGCCGCAAGAGGGCAAGGAUCUAGAAGCAGAGUUAGAGAAGCGAAAUGUAGUGGUUGAGGGUUACAUAUGGGGCAAUGAAUUUGAUCCGAUUCUUGCACAUCUCCCUAAGAAGUCAGAUAAGUUUGACCUCAUCAUCUUGAGUGAUUUAGUCUUCAAUCAUACAGAACACGAGAAGCUCCUUAAGACAACAAAGGAACUAUUAGCUGAGAACGGUAAAGCAUUGGUUGUCUUCUCUCCUCAUAGACCAUGGCUUCUGAACGCAGACUUGGCUUUUUUGAGACCGCCAAAGAGUUUGGUUUAA